AUGAAUAAAGAGAUAUUUUCAAGAGUAUUCAAUAAUUUAGUAUUAAAUAAAUAUAUAUUCAAUCAAGUCAACGAGAUAAACGAUCGAUAUGAAUGUGAUGUUUAUUCAUGGCUUGGCGUCAUCAGAUCACCAGAGAUGAUGAUCACCUAUGGAUAUUUCGAUCAAUUAAAACAAUAUUAUCAACAGAAUCUUGAUCAUAUAUUGUUUCACGAUGAUCAUCUUAUGUAUGAUCAAACGCUAGCGUUUAUGAAAACAGUAGUUGCUGGCAGAUUCGAUAUUUUCAUGUAUAUGUGGGAUUUGUUCAAGAUACUUAAAAGAACCUAUGAUUUCUUAGACGAAAGUGAAGAUAUAUUAAGCAAGAUUGGAAAGAAAGCAGUUAUUCACGAUCGAAUCGAUUUUAUACGAUUUCUAUUGGAGUCAGUCGAUGAAGAUUUGAUUUACCAACUAUUUGAAAUCUCACCGAAAUCACAUAAUUUGGAAAUGGUUCAGUAUCUCACCAAGAUUUAUAUACAACACUUGCCAGGCCAUCAAAGGAUUAGUAUGUAUAACUGCAGUUUAAUCUUAGAUAAUGUUGCUUUUGUAGGGAGAAUCGAUAUGUUCAAAUGGCUGAUCGCCAACAAGUUUGAUAUCUUUAAAGCAUCAUAUCUAUUGCGUAAAUCGGUUCUAGGUGGUAAUAUCGAGUUUGCUCAAUAUCUUUUGGAACACUAUCCAAAGAGUUUAGACUCAACUAACUCUGCAAAUUUAAUUAACUGUGCAGCAAGGGCUGACAGUCUUGAAAUAAUGAAGCUACUACACAAUCAGUAUCAAUUAGAAAUUGAUGUUAGAGCACUCACGAAUGCAGCCAACAACAAUAAUCUUGAAAUGUUGAAAUGGGUGGUUGAAAAUAGUCCAAUGUUGUACACUACAUACUUUGGUAGUCUUAUAAUACAUCAAGCUGUUAAAAACAACAAUUUGGAGAUGGUUAAAUGGUUGACUGAAAAUGCUACAUUCAAAUGUUCAACUUCACCAAUGGAUAUGGCAGCAAAGAAGAAUUAUAUGGAUAUACUAGAGUAUCUGCAUCACAAUCGAACGGAAGGUUGUUCAAAUGACGCAAUGGGAUUUGCAGCAAAGAAAGGCCAUCUUAAUAUUAUAAGAUGGAUACAUGAGAAUAGAACUGAAGGUUGUGAAAAUUUUGCAUUGGAUCAGGCAGCAAUGAAUGGACACAUUGAAGUUUUACAGUGGUUCAAGGAGAAUCGCACUGAAAGAUGUACAAAACUUGCAGUAGACCAUGCUGGAAGCUUAAAAGUUAUGAAAUGGCUUCGUCAAAAUCAAACUGAAUUGAAGUUUACAAAUCCAGAUAUUAUUUCGAGAGCAGCUAAAUAUGGAAAUCUAGACGCUAUCAAAUGGAUAUUGGAAAACUGUAGUUCAAUAGAAUGUAAUCAUUGGUUGAUUACAUAUGCCCUGGAAAACAAUCAUUUCAAUGUCGUAGGAUGGUUACUCAUGAAUCGAAAAGAGUGCAAAGACUAUGUGAUCAAUGAUGAUUUGUUUUUGGACUUGCUGGAAUAUGAUCUCUCGAUAGCACAAUGGAUAUUGGAUAACAGAGAUAUUCCUCUCUAUAAAAUUGUCAAAUAUCAGUCGAUACUCGAAAAUAGUUUACCGAAUUCUUUAACAUCAUUAGAGUUUCUCGAUAAUUAUAUCGCAAUCAAACAACAAGAGAAUCUAAAGAAGAGAAAAUAUAAAAUUUGA